AGAAGGACUGCGAGUCAAGAGCAACUAGCGAAGUUCUCGUGCGUGUUUUUGUGGGUAGUAUUAUUUUUUGUACUAGCGCACUUCUAUCGCCUUCACGCACACGACCUCGUGCACCCUCCGUACUGCGUAGCCGCCACCAAGGCACUGCAAACAGAAAGGUAGGUCGCUGAGCCGCGCAUCUCCGCAUAAAGGCUGCGUCAAACCCCGCCUGGAUAGGAGCAUGCAUGAAGUCCCACGGCUGCACUGACGACAGCGAAUCCUACGCCUCUCCUCUUAUCGCGCUGGUAGUGAAGCACGCUUCUCCUUUCAACGAAGAGCUUAACUGCGCCGACGCCGAGCACCACACCACCCGUCGCACGCAUCGAGUGGAGCACUCACACACGGGGCCAAAGAAAGGCAAGAUCAUACGUGUCCACCCUGUGAGAGGCGACGCCUCAUCGUCGCUCUCAUCGUCCCCCAACGACAACGGCAGCAUCGCCGGCAUCAUUCGCAGCGGUACGGCGGCAGUGGCCGUGCCGAUUCCGGCGUAUCUUCGAUCAUCCAGUAACCGCGACGGUGGCUCGCCUGCACUGUCUCUCGUCACGGAGGAUGCGCUGGGGGGUGUGCUAGACCGCCAGCAACCCUUCGCGUCCAACGCGAUGACCUCGAAUAGCGGCGGCGGUGAUGGUCGUUUUGGCGGGGCGACGUGGAAGGCCGCUUCACCCGCGUCUCCACCACCCUCGGAGUCGUACCAAACGGUGUCUUUCUCCCCCGCGCCGCUGCAGCCCAGCACGAUGGGGUACGCACGUGAUGGCUACCCGCCCGUCAUCUCCUCGCUGCCGCGUGCAUCUUCGCAGGGCCGCCUGCCGGAGGUGCAGCCGACGCUGCGAGGCAUCGCCACGGAGGCGCACCCCGCUGUGCCGUGCAACACACACCGAGUCCAGAUGAAACCGACCGGGCCGCCAGUGAACGUCACAGUGAUGGGGGCGGGUAGUAGCAGUAACGACAAUAGCAGUAGCGGUGUGAACGGCAGAAGUGGCAGUGCUAUGGCCUCCGCCGCGCACGGACUACCUCACCAAGUGAGCGGCCGAAUAGGGGGAAACGUGGCUGGUGUACCAAUGAACGGUGGGGUAGCAGGUCUGCAGAACGCGCGCUACCAUCAGCCUUCUUAUCCCUACAUGAUGUCCGGUGGGAUGAAUGGUGUUGCUGGUAGUGGUGGUGGUGGCGGCGUCUGUAGCAGCCAUCCGCCCGCGAUGCACAUGAUGGGCGGUCCCCCAUCGUAUUGUCUGCGUGCGGGGUGCGGCUACCCGAGCAUGCUGCCCGCCACCUCGUCUUUCCGCCCAGGCGCUAUGAUGGGCAACCCUCCCACAGACGGCCCAGGAGCGAUGAACUAUAGCGACAGAAGCAACACCACCAACGCGAACACCAACAGCUGCAGCAAUAGUAGGAUCGAUGGUGGUGGUUAUUGCGGUGGGCUGCCUUUCAUGCCUCCAGCCAAUGUCUUCUACCCUGACACGACCUCGCAGGGGCAGAACGGAUCGUACCGGCAGGGCGGGGGCGUCUACGGGAGUAUGCGAGGUGCACUUACACUGAACCACCAUUGCAUGGCUCCGAUGGUCGGGCAGCCAUCCUUUCUGCAGACAUACAACCUCUCUCCUCCUCCGAUUGCACUGGGGGGACCAAACAGUGGGCUUACACCGCAGUCAAAUGCCAACAUCAGCAACAACCAUCGCACGCAGCCGUCUUACGAGUCGCAGCAUCAGUCGCAGAAUCAGCGUGUCCCUUACGGCGGUGACGGCAACUCCUUCACACGGAACGACACCAACGAUUCGCUGAGUCUCCCGGAGAUCCGCCCGGCUUCACGGAAGUUGACGCAAGAAUCUUCGCAGAAGAGAAGCGAGCAGCAGCAGCAGCAGCAGCAGCGGCGCACGUCGAGCAGGUUCGCCUCGCCGAGGUCUACGACGAGCCAGAAGCCCCUCUUCACUUCUGAGGAGCGCGUCCAGCACGACCGCAGACUGUCAAGUCAACGGGGGAGCGCCGUCAAUUCGUCCCUCCCACGACUGCUCUCGCACCGCUCUGGCAGAACGUUCGACUCGCAAAGGAGAAGCUCCGCUGAGAGUGCGUCGUGCAGCUGCACGAGCUCGGCGGGUGCCGCUUCCUCUUUCCAUCCAAGUAUUUUUAAGCGCUUAGCGGUUCAUUGCACCUGCAUUGGGCGAGAAGCAGCAAAUGGGCUCACGAAAGGUCAUUACGGGGAGAAGCGUGCGAGCAGACCGCGUCUUGGACAGUAUGCUUGCUUGCGCUAUUCAUCUGUGUCGUCUAUCGCGUUGACUAACGACUCCUCCGCGCCUUCCUCCUCUUUCUUUGAGAGACGUGAUAGUGCUAACGAAGGUGAGCGUCUGUUCACCAGAUCGGAUGACUCGAGCAACACAAGCAGCAGUGAGGGGAUUAGCAGGCGUCCCUCUCCGUCUUCGAUGUACAGCAGUUCGAUGCGUAAUUCGUACGGCGGCGAUUCCAGCAGCAGGUCCAUCGCGCAGCGUCGCCGCAUCUACGUGAAGUCGCUGGAUGCGAAUGUCAUCAAGCGCACUCUUCAAGCACGUCAAACGUGA